CGAAACCAAAAAUAAGGAAGUUGAUGUAGUUUUUAUCAGGUGUAAACAAUGCAGAUGUGGCGCCGCUGAGAGUAUUCCGAGCUACAUGGACACAUUUGUGCUGUUUGCACACACUUUAGAUAACGCUUCUAUGCCAUAGUGAUGACAACUAGAAGCAACAUGCUCACUGCUGGAAUAUCUAACAAUAAGGUCAAAUACUCACGGCUGGCUGCUGAUGAUGAUGGUUACAUAGACUUACAGUUCAAGAAACCCCCUCCAAAGAUCCCAUACAAGGCGAUUGCACUGGCAAUAUUCCUGUUUCUGAUUGGCUCCUUACUAAUUAUCUUGGGGGCCCUUCUUUUGGCAAAAAUCAUACCGGUUGCGGUGAGUUUGCAUUCCGACAGCACUGUAGGAGCUAUUCCCAUCAUCAUCAUAGGGAUACUCGUUUUUCUUCCGGGAUUUUACCAUUUGAGAAUCGCCUACUAUGCUGCAAAGGGUUACCGGGGUUACUCCUAUGAUGACAUCCCAGACUUUGGCGACUGAACCAAAUACCAUCCAAUCAUCCCCUAUUUUUCCUCACUGUGUAUCUUGGUGCCUGCUGUUUUCUGUCUGAAUGUAUGUAUCAAAAAGUAAAACCAUAUAAUUUUAGGAUAGAUACCUGUAUUUAUCUGGGUGGGCUUACUGAAAGAUUUAUGGUGUGUGUGUGUGUGUGUGUUUGUGUUUGUUUGUUUGUUUGUUUUUUUCUCCUGACUUUUUUCCUAAAAUGUGGCUUGUGUGUUCACAUAUCUGCCAAAGCUCUACAGAAGUUAGAGACUUUACAUAUAUAUGCAGCUUUAUUAACAUUAAAACACUCAGUGACUGGUGGAUAUCAGUCCAUCUGCUUACCUGAAACAGCACAUCAGUGUGUUCGCUGUUACGCACCUCACUACAUACAGUAAGAAAUGAUCAGUGAAUAGAGAUUUUGACAGAUGCCUCUAAUUUACUACUUCUAGAGUGCACGAGAAUCUGUGUGAUUUUUGUAUAGUACUUUAAUGAUGUACAAAUAGACAUCUUGUAUUUUAAAUUUGUGGUUUCAUGAUGCAGCACGGUGGCACGGUGGUUAGCACUGUUGCCGCACAGCAAGAAGGUCCUGAGUUCAAUUCCACCAUCAGGCCGGGGUCUUUCUGUGUGGAGUU